AUGUCACCACCAGGAAUUGUGGUGUCUUUCACGGUAAUCGUUACCUUCCAUGAGAAUUUUAUUACAAAAGUCGAUCGAGCAUACCGAGUUCAGUGCGAAUAUUUGGAAACAACUAAAUUAGUGACGACAAAAAUCGAUGUUAGUAUGCCCAUGUCAACUGAAUUGUCAGCCAGUUAUGAAGGCCCUUUAUGCGAGUACACGAUUAAAGAUCAAGCGGGGAACGUUAUUAGGAAUGCAAGAAUUGGUGAUAUAAUCAAUCAUGAAUGGCAGUGUAAAAGUGUAGUAACAGGAAUGAACGCUAUUUUGGUGCAUAAUUGUUAUGUAGAGGGUGCAAAUAAUCAACGAGAAAUCAUCAUCGAUAGCAAGGGAUGCACUUUGGACCCUUUCAUUAUACCAAACCCAACUUAUAGUCAAGAUCAAAUGUUCGCUAAAGCUCAAACAAUGGUAUUUAAGUUCCCAGACCGCACUGGCAUUGACUUUCAAUGUGAUAUAUCAAUAUGCAUUAAAGGCGAGGGUCACUGCAAUCAGAUCAGCCCACCCGAUUGCAGUUCGAAAAAGUCGCGGCGUUCGGUAGUAAAUGAAACCCAAACCACAUGGAGAUUACACGCACUAGGACUCGAUGUUGUUGACCUCGGUGACGAAAUAUCUGAUUCAGGUCAGUAA